AAUACAACCUGACAGCAUAACUGGGAGGGAGUGUACACUGGGGAACCACAGCACAGUACCUCCAGCCUGGCCGUGCAGCUAGCCACUGCAGGAAUAUAAAGCUCUUCAGGACCUGGAGAAAACUUCUGGUCUAUCCAUGGAUACCGUUCCGGAAGUCUGGCAUACACAGAUGGAGCAAGAGGAGAAUCGACCAGAGUGCUCCAUCUGUUUCAGCAGCUAUGACAACAUUUUCAAGACACCAAAAGUUCUGCAUUGUUCACACACCUUCUGUCUGGAGUGUGUAGCUAGAUUAGUGGCCUCCCUACCACCAGAAAACAAACAUGACAAGAUCAUGUGCCCCUUCUGCAGGCAACCCACAGAAAUCCCACAGCAGGGUGUUCCAGGACUACAAACAAGCAAGGAGAUGCUGUCUAACCUACCUCCUCAUUUACAGCACGAAGAGACUGUUUGGAUUGAGGGGACGAAACUAUGUUAUAAACAGGAGCCACAGUCCAAUACCAACCAAUCAGACACGUGCAUUUGCGUUGACAUUGGGUUGACUAAAAAAGAGGAGCCACCAGCGCCAACCCCACGGACUGGACUGUAUAGAAUUUGUUGUGGGUGUAGUGACUGGAAAAGACUCUUACUAAUUGCCUUCAUGGUGGUCGUAUUGUUCUGCAUCCUUCUAUGGCCAGUUCAGUGCAUCUUGAAAACCGGAAACCUACGUUGUACCUCCGAAUCCACACCCACCAAGAUGCCUUUCUCUUCUGUACUCUUAACACAAGGCUUGGGGGCAGGACACUAAGAGGACUACACUCAUGUAAAAGACUGAUAUUGGUGUGAACAAUAAUCACUGUGAUGUGUGUCAUCAAAUGCAACUUGUUCAGAUCUUUAAUCAACCAGGUUAAGAACAAGCUGAAGACUCCAUGAUCUACUUGGAGGGAAGGUGGGGCAGUAGACAUGGUCAUAGUCGCUAGAUGUGAAUAUGUGCUGUUCGUACACAUGCCUGUGGCAAGAACAUUGGGUUGGACUGUCAAAUACCAGUCAGAAAACGCAGUAUUACUUGAAGGCAAUGCACUGGUACAAGGCCCCGUCUGUGACAAAUGCAAGGGGUGGUUUAUCAGUGUUUAGAGAUAAAAUGGCAGGUUUUUGACCAAAUCCAUUGUUUCCGUGUAACAGUUUCUACAAUGUAUAAACGCAAAUUAUUUAUAACUACUAUAUUUACCUGUUCUCUAUCAAUGUACAGAUCAAAUCUUGGAGCUCAAUGGGCAGAAUUCACAAACUUUAUAAUCAGAAUUGUUGGCCACUGAACGCUGCUUAUCAAAGUUUUUGAUGGAGGUGGUCAUGUCCUGGCAGAUGUACACAGUCAGGCCUUCCUUGUCCUACACCGAUAUAUCCAUACUUCCACAAGAAAUACACAGUGACAUGUUGCUAUAAUCUCACUGAGAAGAUACAGCUGUUACAUGUGUAGAAUUAAUCUAAGAAGGCCCAGGUUUUGGCCAGCUCUGGAGGAUGGUCAACCCUUUGAAAUUUGGCUGAUGCAGAUGAUAACCACCAUCAGAGGGCAAAAAUAAGCAGUCAGUAAGUUUACUUAGGGCCAACUCACGCAGGAGACAUUGGCUACCUACCACUGCUGUAUGUCUAAGCACAAUAAGUAGUAAAAUGAACAGGGUAGGAGUACAAUUUCCACGAUAGACUACCAAAUGCUUGCCAAGACUUGGACUAUUGAGAAUAUGAUUAUUUUUCCUACCUAUUGUAAAAUGUACAAUAAAUCUGUUAGCCAGGACUAUUAAAGAUUACAGUUAUUCUACAUGCCAACAACCUUUUAUAAACAUUCAGUAAUCCUACUUAGCCUUUGCAAUUUUCUACCAUCAGUAUCCACACUAAUCCCGUGAAACUAAAUUUCCCAGAUGUCAAUGGUGGAAUUUGGAUUAGGACAUAUAUUUAGGAAAUAAAGAUUCCCGGCCUGAAGUUGGUAUAAGAGCAGGAGGGGGACGUGUCGGUUUUUAUUUGCUACAAAUAACCAUUUAACGGGUUGAGUAGAAGGAAAUCAUUAAAGAGGGGAAUUGGAUUUUUAUGCUUCUAAAAUGGCAGGUUCCACUGCGAUCCUGAAUCAGAAAUAAUGGACCUGUAAACAAGCAUUUACUGCUAUUGAGCACAUUAAGAAAUCGACAUAAGGGAUAUGUGGUUUUAAACUAGAGGUCACAGCUCUAACAGGCUAAAAUGUGUGAGGGCAAAGCAAGAACCAGCUAUUUCAAGCAUAAAGAAAGUUAUGUAUGGUCUGUCUAAAUCUGUGCUUUAAAGAGGUAGUCUGGUGCAGAAAACCAUUUUUAAAUACCCCGUUAGGGCAUUCGGAGACUGGAGUUAUAAGUGGGAGUCCCACGUUCAGGGCGUACAUCAAACAACUGGAUCAAAAAUUAUUUCUGGAGGAGGGAAAUGUAUGUCUGUCUGUUACAUAAACAGCCCAUAAAUAUCGAUGGGUACUAUGUAAUGCUUCAAUUACCCUGCGCUGCAGGAAUCGACAGUGAAUUACAGCAGAUUGCUGCAAGUCAACCCCUUUAAAUGAGUUCUUACUAGGCUGUCAACAGGAUGACUGAUCACUAAAGGCCCCUUUACACUGCCCGAUGUUCAGGCAGAUUAGUACGAACGCUAAUUAGUGAUAAUCUGCCAAUGUAAAGGUGCUGCUGAUUAUCUGAUGAACGAGCAAAACGCUUGUUCAUGUCGUAAUAGGAUCGUUUGCCAGCAGCAGAUCGUACAAUAAUUCUGUAUGGGGACGAGCGAUGGAUUAACCUUCACUCCUCCCCAUUCUGUGGAGGAGAUCGCUGCAUGUAAAUCAGUGGUCUCCUCCACUGACAAGCAGACGAUUGUCAGGAAGGAAUGCUUCCUUCCCAACAAUCAUGUGCCCCAUCAAGCAGUGUAAAGG